UUUUCUGGUGCUUCACCUGUGUUGGAAUAUUUGAGGUCUCUGCAGUAGGACAGCUGGGCUCUAAUGAAGACAGAUUGCUCUGGUUGCUUUGGUUGUGUUUUUAUGCUGUCGAAUAGGCGUCUGGGUUUAGGAUUUUUAUAGGCCUAGGUGCUGAUUUCUGAAUUUGUCUUUUUGGGAGGGUGUUUUGUCCUUUUCUGUUUCUGUUUCCUCUCUAAAUUUGCAAAGUGUGAUGGCUGUGUUCCCUGGUAGGGUGACUCCAGGCUCAGACCUGGAAAUGACAACCAACAGCAGGUCUGAGACAGGGUGACUUGUUGGUUCAUACUUAUAUAGACUGACAGACAUGGCUAUUCAGUAUGAGUCUGUAGGUUGUAUCAGAGCAACUUUAUAGUGUGAGCAGGGUUCAAGCUGGAUAUGUUUUCAUUGUAUUUGGUGCUAUUAGGCUUUAGAUAUGACUUCUGUAGGUUCGUGUGAUUGAACACUUUGUCCUCAUUACUGUUUUCAGAGGUUGCAGAGCCUUUGGGCAAGAGAGAAAUCCUAUAUAAAAUGUACCCAUCCUGAAAGGAGGAUUUCCAAGCUCUUUACCUAGAGUAAGAUAAAUUAGAUCUCCUUAGGUAACUUGAGGGGUGCAUAGAGGGGGCUUUUUCACGGAGCUGGGGUGGUGUGACACAUCUAAAAUUCUUUCAAGGACAGCCUGAAUAUCUCACUGAAUUCUGGAAAGCAGUUGUCUACAAACUGGAGCCUGGAGCCUUGUUUUACUAAAUACAGCUAAGACGACAUUUUACUUUUCUAAAAGUCCUAGUACUUGGGAAGCAGAGGCAGGUGGAUCUCUGAGUUUGAGACCAGCCUGGUUUACAGAGAAAAUUCCAGGAUACCCAAGUCUACGCAGAGAAACCCUGCCUUGGAAGAAAAAAAAAAGUGUCAACUAGCCAGGAUUUGCUGAGCUAAAGAGUUUGGAGACGCUGAGCCUGCUCUGCCUUUUGGACUGACUUCUGGAUAGACAUAUUGUCCAGUCUAUAGCAAAGUUUGACAUAAAGGUUCUACUUUGGACUCCUCUGCUCUGACACUGGACAAGUUGCUUCCUGAAGGAUCCAUUUGUUUUAUUCAAAAUACAAUCAUAAAAAGAAGCCAAGGGGCCACAGGACCUAAGAACCUUGGUUCAAGCUGAAAAAGCAGAGCUUGGCCAAUCCAGCAAGAACCUAGAAGACAGAGAAAGCACACCUUAACCCAGUCAAGACAGUGCCCUCAAUUCCCUUCCUGCUACACUGUACACCCAGGGGAAUAGGAUUUGUGUAAGCUCUGAGGAAUCCACCAAAGAAGCGACAUUCUCAUGGCCUGCAGAAAAGUGUCUGCAGACAGAUGGCCCACGUCUUCGUGUAUGGCACCUUAAAGCGGGGCCAACCCAACCACAAAGUCAUGCUGGACUAUUCACAUGGCUUAGCAGCCUUCCGAGGCCGAGGCUGCACAGUUGAGUCCUUCCCACUGGUGAUUGCCGGUGAGCACAACAUACCUUGGCUGCUGCACCUGCCAGGCAAGGGCCACUGCGUGACAGGUGAGAUCUACGAGGUGGAUGAGCAGAUGUUGCGCUUCCUGGAUGACUUUGAAGACUGCCCCAGCAUGUACCAGCGCACAGCCCUGCAGGUGCGGGUGCUGGAGUGGGAGGGUGACAGUAGCCCUGGGGACAGUGUUCAGUGCUUUGUGUACACUACAGCCACCUAUGCACCUGAGUGGCUGUCUCUUCCCUACCAUGAAAGCUAUGAUUCUGAGGGCCCACAUGGGCUACGCUACAACCCCAGGGAAAACAGAUGAGGGGCUAGAUGGAGGGAACCUGGUAGCUGCCUGGCAUAAGCAGAGCUUUCCAAGUUCAACUAUAAAAUGUGUUUUGUCAUAUACUCUAAUAAUCUGAUGUUACCUAAUACUGCUUUAGUCUUAAGGAGCACUCUAGGCUGAGGUCCCUGAAAUGGCACUUAGAGAGUACCAGGUAAUCCUCACUGUUCUUUGUUUUUGUUUUGUUGUUGUUGUUGUUGUUUUAAUUUGCUUUGCUCUAACCUGAAGAUGGCAUCUUCUGAGACUAAAAAAGACUGGGCUGCAGUUGCAUCUCAGAAGUUGAAUCUAGAAAGAAGUGGUAGGAAAUACUGACUUGGGUCAGAUCAGUGUAAAAACAUCAAGAAAAGCAUGUUGUACCUAAACUAUAUGCUCCAUCCACCCUACCCCCACUGCAAUUUCCAAAUGACAGACAAACUGUUAAAAUGGCCAUUAAAAUACAAGUUUUCUGUUGCUUCUUGGUCCUUCUUUUGGUGUACUUA